AUGAUCGUAAAAAGGCGAUUGCUCACGCUCCGAUGCGUGAUAAAAGGAAAGGUCCAAAAAUUAACCUCAAACCUGGUAAUGGUAGCUCCACAAUGCGAAGCACGAGAUGCAAAUACUGAUACUGAAUAUUCGAAAUGUGUCGAUUUACGCAGGCCUCACAAAGUUAAAAGAGCUAUCGAAACUAUGGAUAAGGACAGCAAUGUGACAGAAGCACAAACGAAAAUUUUUGAAGCCGUUGCAAAUACAAGAAUAGCUCUAAUAGUGGUCGAUUUCCAAAAUGAUUUUAUAUCUGGAUCAUUGAGUGUAAAGGAAGGUAGCGCUGGAGAAGACCCUUUAGAUGCAAUUCCGAUUAUUAACGAUCUUGCUAAUGAGGAAAGUCUCGACAUGGUUGUAUACACACAGGACUGGCACCCAAAAAAUCACAUAUCGUUUGUUGAAAGGGCCAAAGACACGGAUAGAAUGCUGGAGAAUGGUCACCACGAUAAAGAAUUGAAAGCAUUUGAUGCGGUACAGUUCGAGACUCCGUCGCUGAAGCAGGUUCUCUAUCCUUCUCACUGCGUGGAGAAUUCUUGGGGCGCACAGCUGCAUAGUGAUCUCGUUCUUCCGGGGAGCAAUGUUUUUCUUAUAAGGAAAGGAGAGGAGACCCAUGUUGACUCAUAUUCUGCUUUUGCUGACAACGACGGAAAGCAACUAAACGAACUAGAAAAAUUGCUGAAAUCAAACAACAUCACAGCAGUCCUCUGUUGUGGAUUAGCGUACGAUAUCUGUGUUCGCCACACCCUUUCCGAUGCUAGUAAGCAUGGAUUUCUAACUGGGGUUAUAAGAGACUGCAGCAAAGCAUUUUCUCAAGAAAUGGCCAGCGAUACAAACAAGUUCCUUGCCUCAGAAAAAAUAGCCAUUCUGGAUGCAAGCACUGCGAAGAGCGUCAUAAAUGGAGAGAAAAUACCUAUUGAAUGGUUGUCUAAGAUAUGCGAUAAGUUGAAAAGUGAUGAAGAUUGA